AUGGGCAGACGACCCCGAAGCCCCAGCGCCGGCCACGCACCCUGGUGGGGACCGCAGCCCGGAGGACCCGGCCCUGCCAAGCGCCCCCGACUGGAGAAGGAACCCGUCCUCGAGCUCAGCGCCGGGUCCAGCCUGGAAGACUCGGCGGGGACCCCAGCCGCGGACGUCCUCACCUCAGUCGUGGUCCUGGCCGCCGGCUGUGCCUUGCAAGUGCCCCUGGACGACGUCGACCUGGUGCUGGAGCCCGAGCCAACCUCAGUCCUGCAAGUAUCCUUCGAAGGGCACACCCUCAUCCUGGUCCCCGAGGUCCUCCUAGGCUUGGUCAAAGAAUGCUCGGGAGGCCAGGGCGACUCGUCCGUGGGCCUGGAACCCGGCGUUUUCGUGGGCGCUCCUGGGGAGGAAAUCGUCCUCGAGCAGCCAUUCUUCCUCACAUCUGUCUCAGAGAUCGCCGCCCAAAAGGGGGCCUUCCACGAGGACACGGAGCCCUACGUCCUGGAGCCCUGGAUGGAACCUCCAGCCGGCUCAGCCGCUGGGCUCCAGCCCUCCGCUAGAAAGGUGUCCAGCCCCUACCCCCUGGGCCCGGUCCCAGAACCCGCUCCUCUGGUCCUCAGCCCUAGUCCAGGGAGACGAUCCCCAAACCCCAUGUUCGACCUGGAAUUCCACCUUCUGGAGCCUUUCCCCAGCUCACCACUCCAACCUCUACCUCCUUCCCCAAAUCCAGGUUCCCACCACACACGCUCUGAGGGCGCUGUUCGCUCUCCCCGCCCUCCCUGUAAGGCCCGGAGAAGUUUGUUCCAGGAAUGA